UCGCACGCACGCGCAGGCACAGAUCCUCGGGCGUAGAAAGCGAGACCCGCCGGCAGCAGUCAGGGCGGCAGGAGCAGCAUGUGGGCCGUUACGCAGGACGUGUCCUCGGCGGCAAUCGCCAACCUCAAGGAAUCAAGCCAUGGGGGCUCCUUUCACGGCAGGCACGCUGUGACGAUCGACAAGCUUCCGGACAAGGUGCUGCUGCUCAUCUUCUCGUACCUGCCGCAGCGCGAGGUGGGCCGGCUGGCCCGCGUGUGCCGCAAGUGGCGGACCGUGUCGGCCGACUCGCGCCUCUGGACCCACGUGUCCCUGCGGCCCGAGGUGUCCGGCCUCCACGUGGCCAGCAUCGAGAAGCUGCUGGCGCUGAUCGCGGUGCGGUUCGGCGCCUCGCUGCGCUACAUCGAGCUGCCCAUCGAGCUCAUCACGCACACCGUGCUCCACGAGCUGGGCAACAAGUGCCCCAACCUGACGCACAUGCUGCUCGACUUCUCGACGGCCAUGCAGCUGCACGACUUCAACGACCUGCACACGUUCCCCACCAAGCUGCGCGUCAUGUGCAUCUGCCUCUCCGAGGUUAUCUUCAUGGAGGGCUUCAUGCGGAAGAUAUACAACUUCAUCAACGGGCUCGAGGUGCUCCACCUCAUCGGCACAUAUGAGAAGGUUGAAGAGGAAGAGGAGGAAAUUUACGAAGUCAUCAAUAUUCACAAGAUUAAAAGUGCUGUGCCGAAUCUGCGCUGUGUCAACAUGUACGGUAUCGCGUUUGUGGACGACAGUCACGUUGAAGCCUUCAGCAGUAACUGUAUUCAACUGGAGUGCCUUUCACUGAACUUCUGCGCUAAGGUAACGGGUUCCACACUGAAGCUGCUCUUUCAGAGAUGUAAAAAGCUCAAGACCCUGUUGAUGCAGCAGACAGGACUUAAGGCGGAGCACGUGAUGGCAGCCGACUGGGAGAACACGAACAUACAGGAGCUGGAUAUUACAGCCACAGAGCUCCCUACAGAAUGCCUUAGCGACCUGCUCUCUCGGUUGCCAAACUUGCGUUACUUAUGCGCGGGCCAGCAGGAUGGCUUCACUGAUCAGGUCUUGAAGGACUGGAUGGAAAAGGGGAACGUCAAGAACCUGAUAGCACUGGAUCUUGACAGGAAUGAGAACCUGUCCGAGGAAGCGCUUCUGAAAUUCCUCAAGGUGCAGGGCCACAUGCUUCAGGGGCUUGUUCUGUCUGGCAUUCCCCACCUGUGCGAACAGUUCUGGCAAAGCACCUUGCAGAUCAUCAAAAAGAUACGGAUUCUCGUCGCUGGGAUGGCGACUGGCUGCUGCAAGAAGAUUCACCAGAAGAUUCACAUCGACUCCAUGCUUGACGCCAUUGCCAAUAACUGUGCCGAGAUUGAGAGACUGGAGAUUGGCUGGGACAGUGAAACGCUUCGUUUUAGCGACCGCAGCAGUAAGGCCAUUGAUACGGUGCGAGUCAAGUGUCUCCGCUUGCGCUGUCUCGUUCUUUGCGACGGAAAGUAUUUUGAGCUCGUUAAGUCGAACUUCGAUCGAGCGGACAGACACACGCUGGUUCGUUCUACAACAAACUGCCGGGUGACGCUUGUCUACCUUCUGUCCUGCUACAAGGACCUUAUCUUUAACUGACUCCCACGGGAGUUUGUGUAACUGCUUCCCAACAAGCGUCCGAGCAAUGAGCAACGAUGGAUGCACAAGAACCUUUGACAUUUAUUUCAUCUAAAAUUGUACCUGGCGUCAGUC